GUAGAGCGCGGGGCCAAGUGUCGCUCGGCAAACCUUUGCCUCAGCCCGUACGCCGCCCGGAACCGGCGCAGCGGCGUCUGCGUGGUGGUUCCCUGGACUCUGUGAGCCAGCGGUGCUUGGAGCUACACAGCUUGUGUCAUGGACUCUGAGGUUAGCAACGGCUCUGGCCUGGGGGCUGAGUACAUCACAAACCUGCUGGUGUUGGGCUUUCUCCAAAGCUCUGGCUGUAAUCCCCAAGAGCUGAAGGUGCUGGGUGAGCAACUGACUGUGCAAGCUUACUGGGAGGCAGCCCCAUACCUCGAAGACGAGCUGCAGACAGAUGGCAGCCGGGCUAGCCGCCCCAUCGACCAAGGAAGAAUAGAGCCAGAUUCUGAAAGCCAGGAAGAGAUCAUCCACAGCAUUGCUAGACAUCUCGCCCAGGUAGGCGAUGAGAUGGACCGCAGCAUCCAGCCCGCGCUGGUGAGCCAGCUAGCUGCACACUUCAUGAAUGACAGCCUGUCGGAGGAAGACAAACAGAACUGCCUGGCCAACGCCCUUGAUGAGGUGAAGCCAGCCUUCCCCAGAGACAUGGAGAACGACAAGGCCAUGCUGAUAAUGACCAUGCUGUUGGCCAAAAAAGUGGCCAGUCACGCACCACCUUUGCUCCGAGUUGUCUUCAACACGACCGUGAACUUUAUUAACCAGAACCUAUUCUCCUAUGUGCGGAACUUGGUUAGAAAUGAGAUGGACUGAGGGGCCUGCAGAAGCCCGACUGGCUGACCCUGAUAUGGCAAGAAUAGUGAUGCUGCCUCCAGAGGAACUGUGACCAUGGAAACAGACCUUGGCGUGAAGACAGGUCCCAGAGAACAGCUGUCUCCCUAUUUCCAGGUGGUGGGAACCCCAAGCUGGUGAUUCACUGGACAUUUCUGCAUUCAGUUUGAGUGUAUCUGAGUGUACCUGGUUCCUGCAUCCACUUCAUGUACCUUUGUCCUAUCAGCUGUAUGGGUUCCCACUUGGGAAUUAAACAAAGCAGCAGGCUGUAAGGCAGAAAAGCGUCUUUGUAAUGCAAAGUGACUGUUCCUGAGAGCCAGCUCUGGGAUUGUCUUCACCAUGUAGGUGGCUCCUGUCUAAGGAGAACAGCACUAGGACAUUAGUGUGAAGUCCCAGCCUAGUGGACACCGCAGUGCUCACAAGGCCACCACCUGCCUUUGUAAAAAGCCAAAUGGCUGAUCUCAAAUCAUGGGAAGACUGACCACCCCACCCCACCCCACCCCACCCCAGAGUUUAGCUGUUCCAGGGGUCAGCUGUUAUCUCAAGAUUUCUAUCCCAGUGGAAACACUGAAUCAUGCACACAACUUAUCUGUGUGACGUCAGUUGUUACGCUCAGGCUCUUGCUAGGGAGAGCAAAGAACAACUCACAUACCAGUGUCAAACAGAUCGCACAGAAGAGACCUAAAACAGCAGCAGGUCACUCGGUUCACAAAAGGAGACUUCCAGUCAAGUGUGACACACUGUCUUGGGUGUAGAUCACAGCUGCCACCCUCCUUCCUGGGGUAACAUCACAGAAGACUCCAUAGCAAAAGCAAACGUUCCCUUCGCUUCUGUAUUUCAGAGACAAGGCCUCACUGUAUCCUCAAGCAUGGCUAAGUCUUCUGCUGUACUUGGCUAAAGCUGCGAGUAUUCUAGUUUUGAACUCAUCCCAGCCAUGGUGGCUGGGAUGGCUUGGGUGUACCCUGUAAAUUAGUGGGUUUUUCUUGAGGAACAUGAUCUUUGUGUGGGUAUAAUUGAGAAAUUAUUUUAAUUCAGAGAAUAAUUUUCAUUGUUCUAAAAAUUCGUGAAUUGCCUUAAGUGGUAGAAAUUUGU